GAAACAGCGCAAUACCUGCGAAGACUCAAACGAUUGCAGUCGUUUCACGCGAGACUACGACGACACUUUACUUUUGUCGGAAAUUUUCAAUUUUCAAGUCAUUUGUUGGUUUUCGAACCACUAAAUAGUUGUGAGGGUAAUAGUUACUCAUCUUUUUUCUCGCGUUUCUUGAUUGUUAUUGGAUUCGAUUAGAUUAGAAGUGUUAUCGCACAAGUGUUUCAAAGACAAAUUUGAAUAAAAAACCGCCAAAAUGGAAAACUGUGGAAUGAGUCUGAUUAAAUACAUACUAUUUGUGUUCAACUUACUAUUUGCGAUCUCUGGACUCGGUGUAUUAGUAUCAGGUGCUCUGGUCCUCGCAGAUGUUGGAGAAUUUGGCCAUUUCAUGGAGGGCCGCACAUUGGCCCCUCCUAUAGUGCUAAUAGUGGCUGGUGCUCUAGUCUUUAUCGUAGCCUCGCUCGGGUGCUACGGCGCGAUACGUGAGAACUCCAAUUUGUUGAUCGCGUUUGCGGUAUGCCUUGGCAUAAUUUUCGUCGUUGAAUUAGCUGCUGGAAUUGCUGGAUGCACCAUGAAGGGUGAUUUUCAGGAGUCGAUGCGUAAAUCACUUCAAACGUCCAUGGGACGUUAUACUGAGAGCAAGGACGACGCUAUUGCUUGGGAUAAUGUUCAAACAAAAUUGAUGUGCUGCGGCAUUGACGGACCCCGCGAUUGGGUCGACUUGAGCGCAAACCGUCAGAUGCCUCAAAGCUGCUGCAAGAACAUGACCGCGUCCGGCCAGCCAUUCACCGGCGAAUGUUACCGCUUUUAUCCCUCUCAGCCUGACCAGUACUACGGCCGCGGUUGCUUGACUGCCCUCAAGGAGCGCGUGGAAAGCGGCGCUGGAGUCAUGAUCGGCGUAGGCAUCGGCAUUGCUUUUAUUCAAAUCGCUGGAAUUGUUUUAGCUUGCUGGCUGGCAGCGGUUAUACGCCGCGAGAAGGGCGACAAGUAAAACGGUUAGAUUGCGUUUAGUGUGAGGAUAUCGAAUUUAUGUCAUGGUAUGAUUUUUUACUUAUCACUUAUAUGGUUUUACUACAGAUUUUUAUUAUUCAAAUAUUAUGUUAUUUUAGUGACUUCUCAAUAUUAUGAACCUAGCUUAAUAUCAUUUGUUUAUUAUCAUACAAGGUAUACACUUUCAUGUAGACUAAUAUUAGUGAAGAUUUUUUAAAUAUAAAUAUAAUUCUCAGUUUCGUAAAUAAUGAUGAAUUAA